AUGUAUGCAGGCACUUUUGACUCGCUGCCGCACGAAAAUGACCCUGCCGUCAAUGUGGACGAGCUUUGGAGACGUACAUACGGGCUGGCACAUGAGUACGUGAUUGAGAAUGAGCCACCCAUCGUGCUAGAGCGCAUACAAACGGCACGGUCGGCGUUGCAGAAGACUGCGCUGCUGACCGCAAUGUUGCAGAACGGCGUGCUGGCCGAGCAGGACGAGACGUGGCAGUCGCAGCGGGGACAGGUCAUUGCACUGAUCGCCCAGUUGCUGGCUGAGUUGGAUUUGCUGGUCGUUUUCGGCAACAGACCCGUUCUGACAGCUUUCUAUUCCUUGCUUGAAGGAUACAUCAAAACGUCACAAGACCCGGGCACCCUUCUAGUGGAGAUCGUGCGCCGUGUGGGCGACACGGCUUCUUUUAAUGCAACAUUUCAUUAUUUACAUCAUAUUACACUCAAGCACCUAUACUCCCGCAAGAGCUACCGCGAAAUUGCUAGUCUGGAGCCGUUGUUUGCGCGACAUACGGCGAUCGACCCGCUCAAACUGCACAGGGAAGACGUGUUCGAGGCGUACUACACGCUCGCCAUGUCGCUGAUGAACACGGGCCACUACCUGGCAGCACACAAACAGUUCCAGAUCCUGUUCAAGCUGCCGGUGUGCAGAACACAGCCGGCCAUCCAGAGCCUUGUCGCAGCGUACACGGUCAACCUGGUGCUUGUCGGGCUGAAGAAGGACGCCAACCUGCUAAAAUACGGCGGUUAUGUGAGCCCCGCGUGCUGCCAGCUGAUUCAGAGCUACCAGACCUGUCAGCCAACCAGUUUUUCCCAGACGGUGGACAAGCUGGCCAAGGAGACGCACGAGCUGGUGCCGCAGGUGUUUCGCGACCUUGAGACGCAGAUGCGAACGCGAAUUUUGCAAUUGAGCUUGAAGCCGUACAGCACGGUGGACCUAGCGACUGUGAGGACGAUCGACCCGCACGACGACGUCGCUCCGCUUCUGGAACGGCUCGGGUACGUCGUGGAUGCCGGGAUGGUGCAGGUGCCCAGCACAGGCCGCCAUCAGCCGGUCGACACGGCAGCGCUGGUCGCGGCGAUUAAGUCGCUCGACAGGAUCACCGCCAAAACAAAACAGAGCGCACAGCUAAAGGAAGCACAGGAGUUGUGCAAACAGCGCAACCUGUCUGUCUAG